AUGGACAUCACUAAGCCCAUCGACAACCUGUUCUCAGCCAAAGACCUCGUGGUCGUCAUUACUGGUGGUGGAAGUGGCAUUGGUCUGGCCUUCGCUUCUGCACUCGCAAAGGGCAAUGCAUCAAAAGUCUUCCUGCUGGGUCGGCGAUUGCCCGUUCUUGAAGAAGCUGCCAAUGGCAUAAAUCCCGACAUCGUCCAAGCAGUACAAUGCGACGUCACGGACCCUUCCUCGAUCAGCGCUGCAGUCUCGCAGAUCGGGAAGCAGACCUCGUAUAUCGAUGUCCUUAUCAACAAUGCCGGUAUCGAAGGUCCAGACCACAAACAGAUCAAGGCCGCGAACACCAUUGCAGAGCUACAGGCUGAGAUGCUGAAAGAAUGGGAUCUCUGGACACCGACAUGGCAGACGAACACUGCAGCUGUGAUUGCUGUUACCGGCGCAUUCUUGCACCUCCUCGAUGCAGGCAACAAGCGUCGUGGCUGGGUCGAGAACAAAAGAGAGGUGCAACAGCGCGUCGACGGGUAUACUGGAGACCUGAGUGACACAAGGACAAGCCAGAUCAUCACGGUGACUAGUAUUUCUAGUUUCAACAGAGAGAUCACAGCUAGCCUAGCAUACACCGCAAGUAAAGCUGGAGCUACGGUUCUCGGAAAGAGUCUGGCAAACUUGCUUGCACCAUUUGGAAUCAGAAGUAACAUAAUCGCACCAGGUAGGUUUCCUAGUGCUAUGACUGCUGGGGCCGAGACAGUAUACCCUGUCAACAAAGUGCCUGCUGGAGUUCCCGGUCAGUUUGAGGACAUGGCUGGCGUCGUUCUGUAUCUUGUGAGCAGAGCAGGAGCAUACGUGAAUGGAAACGUGCAGGUGUGCGAUGGAGGUCGUCUUUCUGUCAUGCCUGCUAUGUACUAG